AUCCGGAUAUUUGCUGGUCACCUGAACCACCAUAUCCGGAACCAACAUCCACUCACCCCUAUCUUCAUCAAGCAAAUCCGAACGACCGACGAAAUGGUGGCGGCGCUGCUGUUGCCAUGGGUCGGUGUGCUUGCGCUUGUAAGCUGCUUCUCGUCGGUCGGGGCUGGUUCUUCCUUUGCCUUUGACCUUGACGGGAAUCAGGAGGAGUGCUUUCGGGAAGAUAUUGUGCCCCGGUCGCUACACAGUGACCUGUUUGUCCAUUUUGAGCUGCUCGAGCCACGUCGUCCCACCGAUGCGCUGAAUGUGAAGGUCGUGUCACCAUCGGGUGUGACCAUCACAACUUGGACACAUGCAACUGCCAACCACACGUCGUUGAACGUGCGCGAAUCGGGAUUGUACUCCCUCUGCUUUACGUCUGCCCCUGGCUCGAAAGCGCAGCAACGAGUGUUGUAUGUCGUGGACGUCGUGACCUACGGCACACGUUCACUUACGCGAGACCCCACUGUCAUUGCGACGUUGAUUCAGCAAUUCCCAGACAAACCCAACCCUUCGACGUUGAUGUUGGCGACCGAGCGCGGAGUUCCGGUCUCGAUGGGUGUAGUGGAGUACUCGUUCGCUGGUAUAUCCGUACAUGCACUCCACGAAAACACGAGAGUGAUUGCUUCGUUUUCAGUGGACUUUGCGUCCAAACCAGGUAUUGAAGUCACAUUGGCCGCAAUCCCUGGCAACCGAGUGGUGCAUCCCCCCACGUGGACGUCGAUGACUACCCACAUCGAUUCGUUCUACGACCGCGUUAUCACGAAUCAUGGCGUCUUGGCAUCCACUGGCGGCUCGCUCUUCUUUGACAUCACCGACACCGUUCGAGCUGCAACUGCGGCACGCGAAACUCUGUCCAAGGAAGCGGAGGUGGACAACGCAUCUCCUUCCACCGUGGCAUUCACGGUAAGGCCAUCGCUUGGGCAUGGAUCUACCAUGUUGUUGGGGUCACACUGCACGUGCCGGCUAAUACAUGACAGAUUCAAGUUGCGGAAGAUGGCGAAGUACGUCUUGCAGGAGGCGCUCACGCAGGGUCGGAUGCAUCAGUGCCAGCGUCGUUCGUCAUGCAACACCGUCGCCCAACUCUUUCCCUUGAAGACCUUGGAUUACCUGUCCUUCAAUUGAUCGGCCGCUUUCGGUAUGCUGUGUGGGAUCUCAAAGGAGAGUUAGUGUCAAUUGUGCAGAACGAGCGGCGCAGUCGAGACGGUACGUUCCCUCCCACCUCCAUCGCCUCAUAUGCUUGUCCAUCAAUCGAAUCAUGCUCAUGUUUCUAGCGGCGGAGAGCGUCUUGGACCGCCUCGUUAUCGGCACGAUCCUCACCAAUGCGUUCCUGCUUGGGAUUGCCGUGUUGCAAGUGGUGUAUGUACGGGGGCUGCUCGGUCGAGGUUAAUUGGUGUAUUUCCACCAAUGCAAAUCGAGAAACCAGAAAUACUGCGACUCAAUUGGUGGAUUCUAUCCAGUAAACAAGCAAUCGAGAACUAAAAGUUUGAAAAUAUAUCCAAUCAAACGUAG